AUGGCUCCCACCGUCCCUUCGGCGGCGAAGUCCGCCUCUCCUUCCCAACCCUCCGGGAAGAGCGAGGUGGCGGAUCUGAAGCAGCAGCUGCGGCAGCUGGCCGGGAGCCGCGCUCCCGAUGCGGACGACCAGCGCCGUGAUGUCUUCAAGAGGGUGAUCUCCUGCAUGACGGCCGGCAUCGACGUGUCGGCCGCGUUCGGGGAGAUGGUGCUCUGCUCCGCCACCUCCGACGUCGUAACCAAGAAGAUGUGCUAUCUCUACGUAGGCGCCCACGCGCGCGCGCAUCCGGACCUAGCCCUCCUCACCAUCAACUUCCUCCAGCGGGACUGCCGUGAUCAGGACCCCACCAUCCGCGGCCUCGCGCUCCGCAGCCUCUGCUCCCACCGUGUCCCCAACCUUGUCGAGUAUCUCGUCACGCCACUCACGACGGGGCUGAAGGAUCCCAGCGCCUACGUCCGGAUGAUCGCUGCUGUUGGCGCUGCCAAGUUGUAUCACAUAUCUGCCACCGCCUGCAUUGAUGCUGACCUUCCUGCUUCGCUCAAGGCGCUCAUGCUCUCCGAUCCAGACGCACAGGUAGUUGCCAAUUGCCUACAUGCAUUGCAGGAGAUCUGGACCCUAGAAGCUGCUAACUCAGAGGCAGCAGCAAGAGAGAUUGAGACAUUGUAUAGCAAGCCAGUGGUAUUUUACCUGUUAAACAAGAUCAAAGAAUUCAGUGAAUGGGCACAGUGCAUUGUUCUUGAGUUGGCAUCAAAGUUCCUUCCAUCUGAUAAUAACGAAAUAUUUGACAUAAUGAAUCUGUUGGAGGAUAGACUUCACCAUGCAAAUGGAGCUGUUGUUUUGGCAACAAUUAAAGUUUUUCUCCAUUUGACAAUGUCUAUGACUGAUGUUCAUCAACAGGUUUACGAACGUAUUAAAGCACCCUUGCUUACUCUGGUGGGUGCUGGCAGUCCUGAACAGUCAUACUCUGUGCUAUGCCAUCUACAUCUUCUGGUGAUGCGUGCUCCAAUGUUAUUUUCCUCAGACUAUAAAAGCUUCUACUGCCAAUUUAGUGAUCCUUCAUAUGUGAAGAAGUUGAAACUUGAGAUGUUGACUGCUAUAGCAAAUGAAAACAACACAUAUGAGAUUGUCACUGAACUGUGUGAAUACGCUGGAAAUGUUGAUGUACCAAUUGCAAGAGAGUCUAUCCGGGCAGUUGGAAAAAUAGCACUGCAGCAGUAUGAUGUUAAUGCCAUUGUGGACAGGCUUCUACAGUUUCUUGAAAUGGAUAAGGAUUAUGUGACUGCUGAAACUCUAGUCUUGGUGAAAGAUCUUCUCAGAAAAUAUCCUCAAUGGAGCCAUGAUUGUAUAGCUGUUGUUGGAAAUAUCAGCAGCAAAAACAUUCAGGAGCCAAAAGGAAAAGCAGCUCUCAUAUGGAUGUUGGGAGAAUAUUCACAAGACAUGCAUGAUGCUCCAUACAUCCUUGAAAGUCUUGUUGAAAACUGGGAUGAAGAGCACUCUCCUGAGGUUCGCUUGCAUCUCCUGACAGCAGUGAUGAAAUGUUUCUUUAAAAGACCUCCAGAGACACAAAAGGCACUAGGAGCUACAUUAGCAGCUGGUCUAUCUGACACCCACCAGGAUGUUCAUGACAGAGCGCUUUUCUACUAUAGGCUUUUGCAAUACAAUCCUAAUGUAGCAGAACGUGUAGUAAACCCUCCCAAACAAGCUGUCUCUGUAUUUGCAGAUACACAGAGCAGUGAAAUCAAAGAUCGGAUAUUUGAUGAGUUCAACAGUCUAUCAGUUGUAUAUCAGAAGCCAUCGUACAUGUUUACAGAUAAGGAGCAUCGUGGACCAUUUGAGUACUCAGAGGAUCUUACAAGCUUGACUGUUGGGGCAGAUGAUCCAGAAAAUGUAAUUUCUGCCCAAAGAUAUCAAGAAAAUGAUAAUGAUCUUUUGCUAAGUACUUCAGAUAAAGAAGACAAUGGUACAAAAGGCAGCAAUGAUUCUUCCACCUCUACAUACAAUGCUCCUUCCGAUUUGAUUAGCCCUUCUUUGAUAAGCUCUCAGACAUCAGCUGAAACUUCACUAAUAAAUACUGGUGGGCCGACAUAUUCCUCACAAUCAAACUUCAGUCUCGAUGACCUUCUUGGCCUUGGCGUUACUGAAGCUCCUGCUCCACCACCACCAGCACUGACCCUUAACUCGAAGCCUGUGCUAGAUCCUGGUACGUUCCAGAGGAAAUGGGGCCAACUAACAUUGGCGCUGUCUCAGGAAUGUUCUUUGAGUCCACAAGGAGCAGCAUCAUUGAUGAAUCCCCAAUCACUCAUCCGUCAUAUGCAAAGCAAUUACAUCCAAUGCAUUGCUUCAGGUGGUCAGCCUCCGAACUACAAGUUCUUUUUCUAUGCUCAGAAAGAUGGGGCUACUGCUUUCUUCCUUGUUGAAUGUAUUGUCAACACAGCAUCAGCAAAGGCGCAGCUCAAAAUUAAGGCUGAUGAUGGGACUGCUGCUGAGGCAUUCUCGACUUUGUUUCAGUCAGACUUGUCCAAAUUUGGGCUUUCUUGA